AUGGUGCUUUGGGGCCAAUCAGCUGGUGCUACUUUGACUGGGGCUCUCAGUAUCGGUUGGCCAGAUGAUCCAAUUGUUACUGGAUUUAUCCAAGAUUCCGGCGCUGUCGAGGGCCAGGGUGUCCAUACCGUUGAGUGUAUGAGCACUUACCCACAAGCUGAUAUCGAGGCGUUUAUUCAAUAUUGGACUGAUGCUGGCAAGACCCCUGCGUUGGGUUUUCAGUCAUAUAAUGAUAACAACAACACAUUUGCGAACUAUACUGCUGCAUAUCUCUCUGGUCAUUACGCAAAGCUACCCAAAGUUUUGGGACAUAACUUGAUUGAUGGAGCUUCCACCGCUGCACUCUCCUCCGGCCCUCCUGAUAUCGAGGGACCAACCCCCGAAAAGGAAUUAGCGGCUACGUUACACGUCCCUUGCGGCGUCGUAGCCGAAGCGCAAAUCCGACAAUCUCUCAAUGCAACAACCUACCGCUUUGAAUAUUCCGGCAACUUUAGUAAUCUCUCGCCACUCCCCUUCAUGGGAGCUUAUCAUUCCAGUGAGCUGCCCAUGAUCUUUGGAACAUAUGCUGAUGUUGGUGGCGACGGAACCCGAUUCUAG